AUGGAGCCGCCCCCGCCCUCCCGCCCGCCUCCUCCGUCGCCGCCCCCACCGCCUCCCCCGUCGCCUCCCUCGCGGCCCCGCCCCAAUCCCCGCCCGGCGACCGCGGUGGAGCACCCGCCCCUCCCGAGCGGUGCGGAGGGGGCCGCGAUGGUUAACGCCACCCACGUCGGGCGCGAAGCGGCGGCGUGCUGCCUCCAGCCGCAGCCCACCACCGUCCCGGCCCCGCCCAUCGCCCCGGCCGCCCCGCCGCCCACCACCAAGGGCCGUCGGAAGACGGCAGCGCUUGGGCCGAAGAAGCCUGCAAGCGCCAAGCCCGCCGUCAAGAAGACCAUCUCGCAGAAGAAGGCCACGCCGGCGCCCACAAUUGCCGACCCUCUACCCGUCGUGCACGAGGUGCUCGAUGUAAUGCCCACAACGACGACGUCGUUCAUGGGGCUUCUCCAAGAUGCGGGUUUGAGGGUUUGA